GACCGCGUGUGUUUUUAUUUGUCUGGAGCCUCCUAAAUAUAUAUUCUCUCCCUGCUGGGAGCUCCUCGCCUGCCUUGCAGCCUGCUGGAGUCUCUGCUGAUUCACAGCACCCUGGGCGAGGAGGGAGCCGAUGGAUGGAUCACGCCGCAGACUCCGGAGCUGUCAGACAGCAGUUGCAGUCCCCUUGGCAAUUCUCCUGCUCGUCGCCGAGCACGUAGAAGUUUCUCCGAGGAGCUGCUAACCUCUGCAGGAGCAACGUGACCCGUGCGGGGCUGCUGACGCGUGUCGAGCAAGGAACCAUUUUGUUGUGCUCCCAACAGCUUUGGCGUAAGCAAGCAGCUGAGACGGGAGGAGAAAAACGUGCUUUGUGCUGCAGGAGCAGAGCAGGUAUAUUCAUGCACCGGUACAGCAGAGGGACGGGCAGCAACGGCAGCGGUGUCCUGGGAGGGCUGUCCUGCACCGCUGUGGCUGAGAGGCGAGGAGCAUUGAUCAACGUGACGUUUAGCUGGCACUUGGAGUGUUUGGGGAGCAUUAGUCACAGCCUGCCUUCAGCAGUGGGAGGUGAGGACAUAUGCUGCCUUCGUCGGAAAGGUCUCCACCUGCUGUCGCAAAGCGUUUGGGAAGCUGGGAGAAUAUCCUUGUGUUAGCCUGUUUGCUCUCCACACCCAUCUCUGGUGCAGAAGGUAGCAGCCACGCAGUCGCGGCGGAGCUUGAAGGCUGCACACCAGUGUCUGCGGGCUCGCACAGAGGAGCCCUCUUUGGGGAGUGACACCUGUCAGUUGUCCCACAGCCCCCACAAGGCUCUAGGUCUUUUAAAGCAUUUUGUUCGGCACCCAGAAGCGCUCGCAUCCCGGGCUUCCCAGAAGGGAUUCUUGUUCUAUUUUCCUGCUGUUCAUCGGAAGAAACCAAACUGGAAAAGAAGUGACUGAGAAAGAAAUUAAAGAACGGUUUGAAGGAACAAAUCCAUUUCUUAACAAGAUCAAGUUGGAAUUAAAUGGCUGAUAAACAGAUCAGUUUACCUGCCAAGCUGAUCAAUGGAGGGAUAGCUGGGCUGAUCGGGGUCACCUGCGUAUUUCCCAUUGACCUGGCAAAAACUCGCCUGCAGAACCAGCAGAAUGGCCAGCGGAUGUACACCAGCAUGUCCGACUGCCUCAUUAAAACAAUACGCUCGGAAGGCUACUUCGGCAUGUACAGAGGAGCUGCGGUGAACCUGACUCUAGUGACACCAGAGAAGGCUAUCAAGCUGGCAGCCAACGACUUCUUCCGGCAUCACCUCUCCAAAGACGGGAAGAAGCUGACGCUGCUGAGGGAGAUGCUGGCGGGCUGCGGCGCAGGCACCUGCCAGGUGAUCGUCACCACUCCCAUGGAGAUGCUCAAAAUCCAGCUGCAGGAUGCAGGACGAAUUGCGGCCCAGAAGAAGCUGAUGGCAGCACAGGCCCAGCUCUCCUCUUCCUCUGCGGCGGGGGCAGCGGAGCCGGUGGUGGAAGCGCGCCCCACAGCAACGCAGAUAACCAGGGAGCUGCUGCGGAGCAAAGGCAUCGCGGGGCUCUACAAGGGCCUGGGGGCCACGCUGCUAAGGGAUGUGCCGUUCUCCAUCGUUUACUUCCCGCUGUUUGCAAACCUGAACAAGCUGGGCCAGAAGGACCCCGACGUCAAGGCCCCGUUCUACGUGUCCUUCCUCUCCGGGUGCGUGGCUGGCAGCACGGCUGCGGUGGCUGUCAACCCAUGCGAUGUGAUCAAAACACGGCUGCAGUCCUUGCAGAGAGGAGUAAACGAGGACACGUACUCAGGAAUCCUGGACUGCACCAAGAAGAUCUGGCAGAAGGAAGGACCCAUGGCCUUCCUGAAAGGGGCGUACUGCCGAGCCCUGGUCAUCGCCCCUCUCUUCGGCAUCGCACAAGUCGUCUACUUCAUCGGCAUCGCCGAGUUCCUCCUGGACAUGCUCCCGAAGCACCGGGCCUAGCCCCGGCAUGCCUGCGUGUGCCUGCCCGUCCUCUGCUGAGCCGAAUUCAUCCCCGUGUCCGUCGUCCAUGUCGAUUGGUGUCAGAGCAACAGCACAAAGGGUUCGCGCGGGAGCGCCGAGACGAGCAAACAUGGGGAGGGAGAGAGUCCCUUUUCUGUCUUCACCUGGAACCUGCCCCCUCCUGCUCCUUCCACGGACAAUACCUAAUUAUGCAUAUCUUGUUCUUUUUUUUUUCCUUUUUUUUUGUUGUUUGUUUUUAAUUGUCAUUCUUAAGGACACUGGUAAGCACAGACUGGGCCUGCAGAUCCCUAAGUCUCCUCCCAGCAUUUGGAAGGAAGAGGGAUGGGAAAGUAAUAACCUGAGCCCUCAUCCACCUCAGCUCCCUCUUCCUUCCUGGAGGUUGCAGCUGGCUGAGGAGGAGCUGGAGGGGCAGCAGUGUCCUGUGUCCCCUCAGCCCCUCCUUGGCUGUGCUGGGCCCCACCUGGGGGGCAGGUGCUUUGCACAGGGGCCCAGCACUGCUGGAGGUGUGGCAGGAGGGGAUGCUGGAGCUGGCAAGUUCCUUGACCUGGAAACCUCCACCCCUUCCCUCUCCCUUGCUCAAAAUUGAGUUAGACUUGGGUGAAUCUUUUGGAGAUCGGCGAAGGGGAGAGGGGCUCGUUGCUAGUGUUUUGUAAUUAUUUUUGUUUUAAAGCAAAGGGACUUCCCUCCCAACUAGGUGUCACAGGCACAUCAGCGAGACGCAGAGCUGAGAUGGCUGCUCUGUAGGGAACAUGUUCGUGGGAUCAUAUGGAUGUCUGAAGGUGCUUCACUGCUUGGCUGCAGGCAGGGGAGGGAGAGGAACUUGGGAUCAAUUUUUUUUUUUUAUAAGUAGGGGCUGUGGGGAGGGAAAACCAACCAAGCAAAAAUAAACCACUUACAUUCCUUCAGCCUCCCCGCCCCAAGGCAUCAAGUGGUGGCCGCAGCGCGUGCACGGUUAGCUGUGCACAUUUUCUGGCCUGGCCCCAGGUGCAGGAAAGGAGGAAGCUAUUCUGUUUCCAUAGGGCCCAAGCUCCAGGAGCCACACUGUAAGGGCUGUGCAUUUGUUUGUACCUCGCCAGGUGAAAACACAAGGUCUAGUUUUGCUUCGAGGAGCUGUUUGCACCUGCGUGAUUACGGGAUCGAGGCCUGUGGACCACAAAAUCUCAUCAUCCUGCUCGCUUCUGGGGUAGCGAUCGCUGUUGGGUGGCAGGGGGCAAAUCCACACUUAAGAACCCACGCUGUCAAAGGGAUACUGCCCAGCUAAAAUCACUUGUCAGAGGACUUUGUUAAGUACUCUCUCGGGCUGUGUUAUUAAUUCUAGUUUAAAUUAUCUUAAGUGCAAGACCGUCAAACCCAGCGUGAUCUUCUCCAUUAUUUAUUCCAUUUGGUGCAAUCCACCCGACCUCGAUGUUUAAAUUAAACCAGUCAAAUCCA